AUGCCGCUGCUGUUCCUGGAGCGCUUCCCUUGGCCCAGCCUCCGCACCUACACGGCGCUCAGCGCCCUGGCCCUGCUGGGCACCGGCCUCAGCGCCUACUGUGCCCUCAGCCAGGCCCCCGGCACUGCCCAGCCGGACGGUGCGGCGGAAGGCACCGAGCCAGCCGAGACCCCGCGCCACGGCGGGCCGCGGGCCAUAGACCUCGCCUACUACCUGCUCUCCGACAGCCUCUGCGUCUGGGUGCUGGUGAACACUGCCUGCUGCUUCCUGAUGCUGGUGGCUAAGCUCAUCCAGUGCAUGGUGUUUGGUCCUCUGCGCGUCAUUGAGCGGCAGCAUCUCAAGGACAAAUUCUGGAAUUUCAUUUUUUACAAGUUCAUCUUCAUUUUUGGUGUGCUGAAUGUGCAGACAGUGGAAGAAGUGGUGAUGUGGUGCCUCUGGUUCUCUGGACUCGUGUUUCUUCAUCUCAUGGUUCACCUCUGCAAGGAUCGCUUUGAAUAUCUCUCCUUUUCUCCAACCACCCCCAGGAGCAGCCACAUCAGAGUCCUGGCCCUGCUCAUAGCCAUGCUCCUGUCCUGCUGUGGCCUAGCAGGCAUCUGUGGGGUUAUUGGCUACACCCAUGGCAUGCACACACUGGCUUUCAUGGCAGCAGAGUCCCUGCUUGUGACAGUCAGAACUGCUCAUGUGAUUUUAAGAUACGCCAUUCACCUCUGGGAUCUUGACCACGAAGGAACAUGGGAGGGCAAGGACAUUUAUGUCUACUACACAGAUUUUGUCAUGGAGGUGACCUUGCUUUCACUGGACUUGAUGCAUCACAUCCAUAUGCUGCUCUUUGGCAAUUUCUCCUUGUCCAUGGCCAGCCUGGUGAUCUUCAUGCAGCUGCGCUACCUGUUCCACGAGGUCCAGCGAAGGAUUCGGCGCCACAAGAACUACCUGCGUGUGGUCGGAAACAUGGAAGCUAGGUUUGCAGUUGCCACAGCAGAGGAGCUGGCAGCCAACAACGACGACUGUGCCAUUUGCUGGGACUCCAUGCAGUCUGCACGGAGACUCCCUUGUGGCCACCUCUUCCACAGCUCGUGCCUGAGGUCCUGGCUGGAACAAGACACCUCUUGCCCCACCUGCAGGAUGUCUCUUAAUAUCACUGACAGCCAACGUGUGAGGGAGGAUCAGCAAAGGGAAAACCUGGACGAGAACGUGGUCCCCGUGGCGGAAGGCAGACCGCGCUUGAACCAGCACAAUCACUUCUUCCACUUCGAUGGCUCUCGGAUUGCCAGCUGGCUGCCCAGCUUUUCAGUAGAAGUGAUGCAUACCACAAACAUCCUGGGGAUUGGCCAGGCCAGCAACUCCCAGCUUAAUGCUAUGGCCCAUCAGAUUCAGGAGAUGUUCCCUCAGGUUCCAUAUCAUUUGGUCCUACAGGAUCUGCAGCUAACUCGUUCUGUAGAGAUCACCACUGACAACAUCCUAGAAGGGCGCAUCCAAGUACCUUUCCCCACACAGCGUGCAGACAGCAUCAGACCUGCACUGAACAGUCCUGUGGAGCGGCACAGUGCUGAUCAGGAGGACACAGAGGCUCUCACCCAGACAGAGAGAGUGCCACUUGAACUCAACUCCAGACUGGAAGAGAUGGUGGAACAGAGUGAGGUGGAAGCAGAAGCUACUGAAGCAGAAGAUUUUGAGGCCAGAGGGAGUCGCUUCUCUAAGUCAGCUGACGAAAGGCAGCGGAUGUUGGUGCAGCGGAAGGAGGACCUGCUGCAGCAAGCUAGAAAACGUUACUUGAACAAAACCUCAGAGAAGGAGCUGAGCUCAGAGAAGCCCUCCCCUCCCCCAGCCGAGGGAGCCUCUGCCGACGCCGUCACCCUGCGCCGCCGGACGCUGGCCGCCGCCGCCGAGCGCAGGCUGCAGAUGCAGCAGAACUCGUAGCACUCCUCGCCUGCCCUUCCUUCUCCUGCUCCUCCUCUUCCUCCUCCUCCUCGUGUGGGCAAUGUUCAAUAAAGAAAUGAAAUGCAAAAAGAAACCCCAAACAAAACAAAACACCCAACCAAAACCCAAACCCCACAAACCAAACCACCCAACACCUCCCCAACUCUGCACUUUCUCUACCAGCAGGAAAAGUCUCUUCAGAGCACAGCCAGCCCAGGUGGGAGCUGGCUGCCUCUCUGCUGUCCAAAGCAUGGCACAGCUGAACUUGUUCUUGUAAUAGUUUGGAUGCAACCUCGAUUCCUACCCCCCACACACCUCAACAAACAACAGGCAAUUGCUAAACCACAGGCACCAUUUCUGCGGCUAGCACACGAGGCUCUCGGGCUGACUGCACGGCGGAGGCCAGGGGAAGCCUGGUCCUGAGUUGGCAGCUCCUGCAGAGCGCUGGUCUGGGUCAGCUCGAGAUCAAGGAGAGUUACUCCAAGAGGGAAGGAAGCUUAGAAUCUUGCAGCAGACCCUGCUUUAGAUGAGCAGGUGCCCAGUCUGCAGCCCCUGUGUUGAAGGGUGGCCUGGCUGGCGGUCAGUUGUGGGACUGGAGGGCAGCUGUCCAGCAGCGUAUGGCAGGAGAAACAGAGCUCCUGAGCUGCACUGCUCCAAGCCGCACACGUCCCAGCAUGGCUUCAUUGCUUUGCCCUUGCUGGGCUCUUCUGCCCCGCCAGCCCUCUGGCCUUGUUCACUCCCCAGGGCUGCACCUUUGACUUUUGGCUUUUAUGGCCAGCCUGAGGGGAAUGGGGUGGGAGGAGAGGGGGUGUGAGGCCAGAUCCCAGCCUCUGCACUUCAGUGUUACCAUAAAGCCAAGGGAGCCUGAUCUGCGCUCCGGAGCACCUCGGGAGGUACUUCAUGGUGACAGCUCCAACAUCUGGCUUCUAAGGUGAUUUUUGUUUUUUAACCCCCCAGCUUCACCACACCUUGAAGAAAUGAUUGGAGGCCCUGGGGGCAAGCUGGUGGACCGUAGGCUGGUCACACCCAUCCUGCUCACCUCUCAGUCUUUUUUUUCUCUACAGACCUUCUGCCAGGAGAUCCAAGCGGAGCUGCCGGCACUCGUUUGUGUAGAUGACUUUUACAUGGCAGUGACUUUCGUUUUUUAAACUUUGAAGAGUGAGUUCUAGCAUUGGUGUCCUUUAGAAGGAGCUCAGUAUUACCUAGAGUGGUUGGUAACAUUUUAUUUUUGUUUUGCUUUGUUUUUUACUCUUGGUUUUUAGGACUUUUGAAGGCCAAUUUAAUAGAGAGGAGUUCUGUAAUGUGUAGGUGAAAAUAAUUUAUUUCAAUAAACCUCUUUGGGUUUGGGGUUGGUUUUUUUUUGGGGGGGGGGAAGGAAGCCUUUUUGAGAUGCUGAUAGUGAACCUCAAAGGAUUUGUUGGAGCUCUUUGGUUUGGCUCAGAGCACAGCUGGUUUGUUUUUAUAGUGGAAAAAAAUAAAAGAAGAUAAAAUCUUG